CCGUCAACGUGAUUGGACGUCUUGUUGCGGUCUCAUCGAAUUCAAAAUAAACGCGAUCUAUAACACCGUGUGAGAAACAAUGAUUUGUGUACCGUCAAGUUUUUGUUUUCUGCGCGAAUAAGUUCUCAAAUGUUUGUAUAACAUGGUGUAUAAAGGUUGAUUGUGUAGUUAAAUAAAGGAUCUCAUGCUAAAUAUUUAAUUUGUCGUAAAACAGAAUAUAAUGAUAAAACUAGUCAGUGACAAUCAUUUUAGAAAAAUGAAGUCUUCGUCGACAGUUAACGCUUUAUGUGAAUCAAGAAAAAACGUUAUUGAUAGUACAUCUGUGGAUUCCGUUGCAUUAUGAAAUUAAAACAUUAUCCAGGAAAAGCGGUCAUGGAGGACCCCUGGCUUUCUAUCAAUGAUAGGACUAUGGACCUUGUUUAUGCUGCAAAUUGGGUUGGAGCCAGCAAUCUUAGCAGUUAUAAUGAAAACGACAAUGGUUCCAACAAGGUCAAAUUUAACUCAAUAUCCAGGAGCAAAUCCUGCCGCGACGUCGGACGCAACGACAAAGACAUCAGCAAAACGAGCUCUUUUGACGACGAUACUUAUAAAUCAGAUCAAAAUGUUCCUAGUGAAAACAUUUCACCACUAGCCAAGUAUCAACAAGAUAUAGAAGAAAAAGCCAGAGCCAACAACGAUCUUAUUAGUCAAAAUAAGUUAAAACAUAGCUAUAGUUUUAAGGAUAUGCCAAAUGGAUACAAGCCUUCUACUCUACGACGAGUAAAGCGUAGGAACUUUACCGAGUGGGAUAUUGAAGCGUUUGGUUCGAACGAGCGCGAAGCUCCCGCACCUCCACAGAGAAAAGAUUCCCUAAGAUAUGCACACAGGCAAAGGAAGGUGGACUCUAAGAAAUCAUAUUAUCCGUUACCGGACCCCGGUCCAGUACCGCCAGAUCCUUCAUCUGAAUCAUAUUAUGAAUAUUAUUCAAGAGUAAGUCAACAGAACAAUGAUACCGACAGCGAUAAGAUAAAGUUACAGAAAGAUACUAAGAAAGAGCGAAGUUCAAACACCGAAAUGAAACAAAACGGCACAGUUCGGGGUUACAACAAUGGUGGAGACACGAUGUAUCACCUGAUAAACUCUAUGGCGACAUUAGAUUUAACACCCAUUAAAGCCAGAUCUAAAAAGAACCUCGACACGGAUUGUGAAGAGGAUGAUUUAGGCUUAUAUAUGCGGCCUAUUAAGGAAUCGUUAUCUACAUGCGAUCGACUUCCUGAGCGCACUACGCAACAAGAGAACGAGCGAAGCGGACGUGCAGAUGACGUAAAACCCAGUUUUCGUUCUAAAUCGAUGCGAGUAAAAAGCGAAGGUAGGGCACCGCUUCGUGCCUAUCUCGACACAGCAAAUAAUGAUAGCAAAGCGUUUAAUAGUGUGACGGUCACUCAGCCGAAAAGGAACCUUUCUCCGAGCGAGCAGCUUACGUUAAUGCAGUACGAUAUGUUUAAUGGAAAUCAAAAGCAACCUGCGACUAUCAACGGAUUUCACUCGUUUGAUGAAGCGAAAGAAAGUGACUAUCGGACUACUAACGGUGCUUUAAAACAAAUCAAACGUGAUAAGUAUGGAAAGUUGUAUAAUACAGUGAGGGUGAAAAGUGAAGACAGGUACGAUAGGUAUAAUGACAUUUUAUCAUUAACUCAACCAAAAGAUGUGAUAAGUGAACAACGAGUGACUAACACGAACGGUGUAUUCUCUAGAAGUGCCAAAAGUUCAUCAAGUGGUUCGGAUUCUGACUUUUCUAUUCCUCGUCCUAAAUUGAUUGUGCCGGUCCACACGUAUGGGCUUAGAAAAAGACGUACUGGAAAUCUUUGUCAGCGUGAUAGUAACGCUACGGAGUCGACACUCGACGCCGGUGUGGUACUCGAUGUGUCACGUCUAGAAGAUUCUAACAAUGCGUCUGGUGAAAACGAAGACUCAGAGGGCAGAGUGGAGGUUUCGCGCGAGAACAAAUACCUCAGCACGAUGGCGCCCGGCAAGGUGUUUGGGGAACUGGCGAUAUUGUACAACUGCAAGAGGACGGCCACCAUCAAGGCGGCAACAGACUGUCGCUUGUGGGCCAUCGAGCGACAAUGUUUCCAAACUAUUAUGAUGCGUACCGGUCUCAUACGACAAGCUGAAUACACGGACUUCCUUAAGAGUGUUCCGAUCUUCAAGAACCUACCGGAAGACACGUUGAUAAAGAUCUCGGAUGUUUUAGAAGAGACUCACUACCAGAAUGGAGACUACAUCAUCAGGCAGGGCGCGCGUGGUGAUACGUUCUUCAUCAUAUCUAAGGGACAGGUUAAAGUUACACAAAAGCAGCCAAACAGCAACGAUGAGAAAUUCAUCAGAACACUUACGAAGGGUGAUUUCUUCGGAGAGAAAGCAUUACAAGGCGAUGAUCUGAGAACGGCGAACAUAAUUUGCGACUCUCCUGAAGGUACCACGUGUCUUGUUAUUGACCGGGAGACAUUCAACCAGCUCAUAUCCACCCUUGACGAGAUACGCACCAAGUAUAAGGAUGAAGGAGAUAGCAGACAAAGACUUAACGAAGAAUUUGCCAACUUACGUCUAUCAGAUUUGCGUAUCAUCGCCACCUUGGGUAUCGGCGGCUUUGGUCGAGUAGAACUAGUACAGAUACAAGGCGACUCCAGUCGUUCCUUCGCUUUGAAGCAGAUGAAGAAAGCGCAGAUCGUUGAAACGAGACAGCAACAGCACAUUAUGUCAGAGAAAGAGAUAAUGUCGGAAAUGAAUUGCGAAUUUAUUGUGAAACUAUACAAGACGUUUAAAGAUCGGAAGUAUUUGUACAUGUUGAUGGAAACAUGCCUCGGUGGUGAGCUUUGGACCAUUCUGAGAGAUAAAGGCCAAUUCGACGACGCCACUACGAGGUUCUACACGGCGUGUGUAGUGGAAGCUUUCCACUAUUUACAUUCGAGAAAUAUUAUUUAUCGAGAUCUUAAACCAGAAAAUCUGCUACUAGACUCCAAGGGUUACGUGAAACUGGUUGACUUUGGUUUCUCAAAGAAGUUGCAAGCAAGCCGCAAGACUUGGACGUUCUGCGGCACGCCGGAGUACGUCGCGCCCGAAGUCAUUAUGAACAGAGGACACGAUAUUAGUGCGGACUACUGGUCACUGGGUGUGCUAAUGUUCGAGUUGCUGACUGGGUCGCCGCCGUUCACUGGCGCGGACCCCAUGAAGACGUACAACAAGAUUCUGAAGGGUAUCGACGCGGUGGAGUUCCCGCGCUGCAUCACGCGCAACGCCGCCAACCUCAUCAAGAAGCUGUGCCGCGACAACCCCGCCGAGCGCCUCGGCUACCAGCGCGGCGGCAUCACAGAGAUACAGAAGCACAAAUGGUUCGACGGUUUCAACUGGGAGGGUCUGGCGCUGCGCACGCUGGCGCCGCCGCUGACGCCGCUGGUGCAGUCCGCGCUCGACACGCACAACUUCGACCAGUACCCGCCCGACGCCGACGACCCGCCGCCCGACGACCUCUCCGGCUGGGACGCCACCUUCUGAUACUGCACACUUAUUCUUACUAUCGAUUAUUAAUGCUAACGAGUUGCGUCUGUGUUUUGGCUUAAGAAAUCUUUUUUGCAUCUCGUCUUAUAUCUCUGUAUGACAUACUAAAAAGUUUUAGAUAACACAUCGAUGGUUAAAAUCCUUGUUGCGUGUCGUCUUAUAUUGACAUGCUCUUGAAUGAAACUAUCUAAAACUUUUUCAUAUUGUAUUUAAAGUACUAUAACACUGUUGGAAGCAUUUUAUUAUUUAUUCCAGAUAUACAUGAAAAGAGAGAGUAUCGAAUAUUCAACUUUUAGAUGCAAAGUAAGAGACGCAAAAAAAUUUAUGUUUGGACGCACGAAAAUUUUCGAGAAAGUUUCGUUAUUUGUAUGAGAAUUGUCAAUGUGCUUUAUACUACAUGUUUACGAAUAUUUUCUUGGAAAAUUUCGUACUAAACACUCCGUAUUAUUUGGAAAUGCAACACGAUAACUCCACUGGAUUACAUUUUUUAAAGUAAAAUGAACGUUUGAUCAUUGUGACAUUAAGUCUAUUUUUGUUUGCACUAGAUAUUAUGAUAAAAAAAUUCUUUUACGCAAUUUUGUAGUCAAUUAUCGAGUUACUGUAACUUUGAUUACUUAAUCGAUCUAUUGAUCAUCGAAUAUAUAAAUUAAUGGCGUCUAUAAACUGUAAAGUCAAAUUUCUCUAUAAAUGUACAUUUUUAAUUAAAAAACGAAUUUGAAACUAUCUCCAUCGAAUUACUUUGUUAAUUCUCUUGUUAACUAACGCCUUAUUUGAUAAGUAUAAUUAUUUUCUCAUUAAGUUAGAUUGUUUUAACAUAAUCGUGCACAAAAACAUUUGACUAAUGACGUCACUUUGACUCAUGUUAUUGUGCACGAGUUGUAAUGUCUUAAGAUACAGCGCUUGCCAAUGGUAACCGUUAUAUAAAUAUUCUAAUGUAAUUUAUUUCGUGCGAAUGAAUAUAAUAUAAACAGUUUUUUAACAGAACAAAUAACCGGUCAUAAAAGCAUAUUAAUCCUGAGGAAAAUUUAAAAUCAAUUAUAGAAAUUAAACAUAUUUGUAUAUAAAAUAGAUUAUUAUAUGUACGGGAAAUACGCAAUAUUAAAUACAUUAUCCAUACAAUAUAUUUACAUUUUUAUAAAACAGGGUGACCGGUGUACCAAAACUACGUUACCAAUUGACGUUAUAAAACCGUAUAUUUAUAUUGUACAUAAUUAUUUGUUUAGAUAACUUCUAAAAGCCUUAGAAAUAAACGCAUGAUAAAGUUAAACUAAGGAAUCAACCUAGUAUAAGCAAAAUUUGUACUAAUAUUUGCUUAUACUCAGUUUAUUCCUAAGUUUAACUUUGUACCGCGUUUAUUUGUUAGGCUGUAUAUGUAUAGCUAAUGUUUUAACAUACUAAUGAAGAUCUUUUAAUGAUGAAAAUUAUCUAUAAAUGUAUUUAAGGAAGCAUCGAAAUGUAUAUUAACUAGGAAAAUAGAAAUCCACAAAUAAGUAAUAAAUCGGUUCUUAUUUCCGCAAUAUAGCGUAACUUUGUAUUCUUGGUCAAACUAUAAUUAGCAAUUAUUACGGUGUUCCUAAAAUCAUGUUAUAACUUAAAUUCACUUUAUGUUAUAAACACAAGUUACUGUUAUAUUUUCAUAGAUUUAAUAACUGAUACAAUUAAAAAAAUUGUUUCAAAUCUUUUCGGUGCUCAAAUAUGGAACUUUGUAUCAAAAUUACGUCACAGUGUAUAUAAAUUUAAUG